AUGGAAGCAGUCGGCUCUACCGCUGCCAUCUUGCAGCUGAUUGAGCUAUCGCUCAAAGUAACAUCUGAAGUCUACAACGUCUAUACAACCAUAAGAGAUGCCAAGGACACUCGCAACUGCGUCCAAAGGGAGAUGGCCGACCUUGUCCGCAUUCUGGGACAGCUGAUGGAUGCCGUCUCAGACAAAGACUUAGCCGAUGAAAUGAAGCCAGGACAUGCUCGAGCUCUCCGUAGUCUACUGGAGAAGGAUGGCCCCUUGGCGAACUGCGCAAACGACAUAACCGCAAUUCGGAAGCUUCUCGAAGACGAUAGGUCGAUGACAAUGCCUUUUCGGAAGGGAAAAAUUGAUCGUCGACUCUCCAAUAUCAACGCCAUCAAGACAGAAAUUGGCUUCGCUAUACAGACGCAAUCCAUGGCCACUGUGUUGGAUAUCCGACGCAUCCUAGAUGCGCAAGGUUCUGAGUUGAAGCAACUCGCCCAAACCGAAGCAAGUAAAGCUAUGUUUGCUUGGCUGAAUCCGCCAGACGUCUGGAAGAACCUGCAAAAUGCAAUCCUUAAGUGGCAACCUGGUACCGGCGAAUGGUUGUUGAAUACACCUGAAUACGAGCACUGGAGAUUGAACCCAGGUUGUUUGUGGUUGUCAGGCAUGCCGGGAGCCGGGAAAACGGUGAUGAGCUCGACGAUAGUUACGACAUUGCUGAACGAGAGUUCAACACCCGCAGAAGCUGUCGUUUACUCUUACUUUGACUUCGCCAGCAAGUCGCAGCAAGAGGCUCAGUCAUUUCUGCGAGCAUGCCUUGCCCAGCUAGCGAGCAAAUCAUCCGAAGCCUUUGAUCUUCUGGCUGGUCUCCGUACUCGAUGCUCGAAAGAUCAUGGCCAACAGCCUCUGCCAGGAGAGCUUUUGGAAGCAACAGUGGCUGCAAUGGGCUGUUUUCCAAAGGUCUUCUUCGUUGUUGAUGCUUUGGAUGAAUGUUCGGAGCGAAAAUUGCUACUCAACAUGCUCGGAACGCUGGAGUCUGUCCCUAACCUCCACCUGGUGGUCCUGAGCCGUAGGGAGCAGGAUAUCAAGGAAACUCUGUCAGCCCGGAAACGUACACAAGAGCUUCGUUUAGAGGGUAAGAAGCUCGACGAGGACAUUGCAGCUUACAUUCAACAAAGAAUCAAUACAUCGCAACAAAUGCGAGAAUGGCCAGAUGAAGAACGGACCAAAGUCGAAGCUCGGCUGAGAGAGAAGGCUAAGGGGAUGUUCCGCUAUGUACAGUGCCAUUUGGACACUUUGGAGCAUUGCGUCGAUUCUAGCCAAGUCGACGAGAUUCUCGAUUCUUUGCCAACUGACUUGCCGUCGACAUACGAAAGGCUACUCACCAAUCUAGAUGCCGUGUCCGCCAUGCGAGUUCGGGAGGUUCUGAUAGCGCUGGCAUUCUCGCGUAGACCUCUACUAGUUGAUGAAGUCAUGGAUAUGGUCAGAAUUUCUACCACUAACCAUCGCCGAACACAGAAGAAACCAAACAGAGUCUACUUGAAGCAGUUGCUAUCUCUCUGUUCGAGCUUGGUAUCGGUCUCUGUCAGCGUCAGCGGAACCAAAAACAAGCAAGAACUGAGACUUGCUCAUGCCUCAGUCAAGGAAUAUCUCGUCUCCGACCACUUGCGCUAUGGGCCAGCAUCCGCUUUCUACACCACGCAUGGGCAAGGGAACCUACUACUGGCAGCGAAAGGCGUCGCAUGUUUACUGGAUCAGAAUAAUGUCAGUGACUUUGGACCACACACCUUGGAGGCGGUUCCUUUCCUGCAGUACUCCGCCCUCCAUUGGACCCAUCACGCGAGAGAGGCGAAUCCUGAGUUUGAUCGUGGCAAUCUCCCUCUUGAUGACCUAGUGUUUAGCCUGUUUCAUCGCGAUGAUGCCGCUUAUGUCAACUGGCACCGCAUUACUGGCCGUCAUGGGCCGGCAGCGCCGGUUGAGGGAUAUGCAUGGGAGGUGCACAUUAAAGAUGGCGGCAAAAUUAUCAACAACUAUCGACCGGCUUCGAAACAAGUCCUGCUAGACGGCCACCAUAUCAAUCGCCCGCUGCACCAUGCAACACACUGGAACCUCUGGCGAGUUGUCCAACGUCUUCUAGACGCUGGCCAUGACCCUAAUGGCUUCAGUAGCGGAAACCGCUCUGCUCUCCAUUAUGGGGCUCUGCAGAGAUCCAAAGAGUCUAUGGACCUCAUCAUCAAACGAGGCGGAAAGGUUGAUAGCGCCGAUUGGAUCGGUGAUACCCCGUCGAUUUUCUGCAUUUCCAAGGCUAAAGACCCUGAGACGAUGGAAUUCUUUAUGGAUCAAGGCGCAAGUCUUUUCCACGUCAGCGGAAGAUCGGGCAGCCUCUUGCAAUGUGCAGCCAUGGAGGGCGACGCAGCCGUUAUGGAAGUGAUUCUGAAGAAGAAGCCACACUGGAUAUCAGCCGACAUUGGAUCUGAUCACAAUCACAACGAAGUCGCAGACCUGGCGACGCCACUUCAAUGUGCGGCGUAUGGUGGGCGAUUGGAAUGCAUCAAGUUACUGCUGAGCUACGGAGCAUAUGUUAAUCUCAACCAGGGUAAAAUCGGAACACCACUACAUGCGGCAGCGGCUGCUGGGAAGUUGGAGGCCUUCAGACUGUUGCUAAAGGAGGGUGCGGACAUUAAAGCCGUGAAAGGGCAGUACGGGAGUCUCCUCUGGGCUGCAGGCUACGGUAGCAACCGUGACUGCGUUCGGCUUUGUCUCGAACAGGGACUGUCAAUCGACGUCCCGGAAAUCAUGACACCCCGUCCCGAGAAGGAAUCGCGUGACUACGCUCCCAAUCACCAAGACGGAGUGAUAUCCGCAAUUAUCACGGCCGCAGGAGAUCGUCACUGCCGAGACAUCUUUGACGCUGCCAGGCGCGGGAUGACCUCCCGCGUAAGAGCUUUCCUCGAUCAGUCUAAGAACCGCAAGGCCGAGCUGGAAAGAACGCAGCAGAUCCACAUGCGAACACCCCUGAGUUGGGCUGCGGGCGAGGGACACAUGAAUACGGUCAAGUACUUGGCAAAGGAGGGCGCAAAUCCCAACACGUGGGCGAGAGGUCUUGAGACGCCGCUUGAGCUCGCCUGCCUGGCGGGUCAUCUGGAGAUGGUCAAGUGCUUGCUAUCAGUCGGUAGUAAGGCCGACUUUCGGCACCCAGGCAAGUAUCCGACAGCGGCUGUCAGUGCCGAGAUGAGCGGCAACAAAGAAUUGGUUGACUUCCUGAAGAAUUUGGAGGAGGAUCGGACUGUGACUUUCGAUUUCGAGGGCCAGCUUUAUCAAUUUGCUGAUGAUGGGGGUUAUGGGAUUUAUGUGCCUAAGACAUGA